AUGAGCGAAAUAACGCUCUACUACUCCCCAGGUGCCUGUUCCUUAGCGCCCCACAUCCUACUCCAAGAAAGCGGGCUUCCAUUCUCCAUCCACAAAGAGAAAACUGGCCAAUUCACAGCAGCACUCUACGCUUUGAACCCGAAAGGCAAAAUUCCUGUCCUUGCCCUCGAAAACAAUACAAUCAUAACCGAGAACCCGGCCAUCAUGAAAGCGAUCUCCAACCUGGCACCUGAGAAAACCUUUUUCGGAAAGACGCCAUUGGAAACGGUCCGUGUUUAUGAAUGGUUGGCUUGGCUCUCCGGUACACUACACGGGCAGGGCUUCGGAUUGUUGUUUCGAUUCCGCCGGUACACGGAUGAUGAGACACAGUUUGAGGGGCUUAAGAAGAGGGGAAUGACAAUCGUAACAGAUUGUUUUGAGAUUAUUGAGCAGAGGUUGGGUGAAGCGGGUGAUGGGAGGUUUGCUGUGGGUGGUGACUUUACGGCUGUUGAUGCUUAUUUGUUUGUUUUUCAUCGUUGGGGCUUGGGAUGUGAUGUUGAUAUGCCUGGUUUGUAUCCGAGGUAUACGGCAUUGUAUGAAGCAGUUGGUGGGAGGGAGGCGACUAGAAAGGCGUUCGCUGCUGAGGGGCUUUGA